CUACACAACCAUCUAUCUUCGUUAUUUAACAAGAUGCCAGCUAAAGUUGCAGGAAAGAAGGGCGAGAAGAAAGCCGGAAAGGCGAAGGCUAUUGCUGAUGGAAAGAAAAAGAGGAGAGGCAAGAGAAGAGAAAGCUAUGCCAUCUACAUCUACAAAGUGUUGAAGCAAGUUCACCCUGACACUGGUAUCUCCAGCAAAGCCAUGGGCAUCAUGAACUCGUUCGUUAACGACAUCUUCGAGCGCAUCGCCACCGAAGCAUCCCGUCUCGCUCACUACAACAAGAAAUCAACCAUCAGCUCUCGCGAGAUCCAGACUGCCAUUAGGCUGCUUCUGCCUGGUGAACUGGCUAAACACGCCGUCAGUGAAGGAACCAAGGCUGUGACCAAGUACACCAGCAGCAAGUAA